UAAACCAUGAAGGCAUCACUGAAGGGGGCGUGGCUUGUCCAAACUAAGCUAGCAGAUUAGGAAGCGUUAAGAGCCGCUUCUGGUGGCGUUUUACAGCCUCAGCGAGUUGCCGAUCCAAGCUGAACCGUUGCCAUGACUACCCUGGAUGACAAGCUGCUGGGGGAGAAGCUGCAGUACUACUACAGCAGCAGCGAGGAUGAAGGCAGCGAGGACGAGGACGGCGAGCCCAAAACCAUCAGGGAGGCCGGAGUCGGGGAGCCGGAGGUGGAGUUCAGCGCAGACGGGAGCUCCGUCAAUACGGGGAGGAAUGGAUGGAUGACUGAAUGGGUGGAGGGGAAGUACAAGCAGCUGGAGGUGGAGCAGAAGCAGGAGCAGAAGCAGGAGAUGGAGAAGCUCAUCAAGAAGCUGUCCAUGACCUGCCGCUCAGACCUGGACCUGCAGAAGGACCAGGACAAGCAGCGCGAGCUGCAGGACAAGAUUAAGGGCAAGAUGACCAUGCAGGAGUACAGCAUGCUCCAGGAGCAGGAGGACGACGAGGACUUCCUGCGGCGCUACCGCUCGCAGCGCAUGGAGGAGAUGCGGCGGCAGCUGGCCGGCGGCGGCGGCGGCGGCGGCAGGCGCUUCCAGCGCGUCUUUGAGCUGCGCGGCGGCCAGGACUUCCUGGAGGCGCUGGACGGGGAGGCGGCCGGCACGCUGGUCAUGGUGCACAUCUACGAGCCGGAGGCGGCCGGCUGCGAGGCCAUGCGCGGCAGCCUGCUGUGCCUGGCGCGCGAGUACCCGCUGGUCAAGUUCUGCAGCGUGCGCAGCGCCGCCAUUAGCACCAGCGCGCUGUUCAGGGCCAGCGCGCUGCCCGCCCUGCUGGUCUACAAGGCCGGAGAGCUCAUCGGGAACUUCGUGCGGCUGACCGACCAGCUGGGCGAGGACUUCUUCGCCGUGGACCUGGAGGCGCUGCUGCAGGAGUACGGCCUGCUGCCCGACAAGCCGCCCGCCACGCGCAACGGCGCCAUCGUGCAGGGGGCCAAUGCCGUCGCUAGCGACGACGACGACUCCGACCUGGACAUCGACUAG